GGGGCGGGUGUUGGCGGCUUUGGGAGUCCCCCUGCCGGAAGGGCUAGUGACCGAGGGGCAUGUCGGCCCAGGGCGACUGUGAGUUCCUGGUGCAGCGAGCCCGGGAGCUCGUGCCCCAGGACCUUUGGGCAGCCAAGGCGUGGCUUAUCACGGCCCGCAGCCUCUACCCGGCCGACUUCAACAUCCAGUAUGAGAUGUACACCAUCGAACGGAAUGCAGAGAGGACUGCCACUGCGGGGAGGUUGCUGUAUGACAUGUUUGUGAAUUUCCCAGACCAGCCGGUGGUGUGGAGAGAAAUCAGUAUCAUAACAUCAGCACUGAGGAAUGAUUCACAGGAUAAACAAACCCAAUUUUUAAGGAGCUUAUUUGAAACUCUUCCGGGUCGGGUCCAGUGUGAAAUGUUACUGAAGGUGACGGAACAAUGCUUCAACACGUUGGAACGAUCAGAGAUGUUGCUGUUGCUUCUGAGGCGCUUCCCUGAGACAGUGGUGCAGCAUGGGGUUGGCCUUGGGGAGGCACUGCUAGAAGCUGAGACCAUUGAAGAGCAGGAGUCUCCAGUUAACUGCUUUCGAAAGCUAUUUGUUUGUGAUGUCCUUCCCCUAAUAAUUAACAACCAUGAUGUUCGAUUGCCUGCCAACUUGUUGUAUAAAUACUUGAACAAAGCAGCUGAAUUUUACAUCAACUAUGUCACUCGGUCCACACAGUUGGAAAACCAGCAUCAAGGUGCACAAGAUACAUCUGAUUUAAUGUCGCCCAGCAAACGUAGCUCUCAGAAGUACAUAAUAGAAGGACUGACUGAGAAAUCAUCCCAGAUUGUAGACCCUUGGGAGAGGUUGUUUAAGAUUCUGAAUGUUGUUGGAAUGAGAUGCGAAUGGCAGAUGGAUAAAGGGAGACGAAGCUGUAGCGACCUACUGCACCGAAUGAAGGAGCUCAGCAGGUACAUGAGCAGCUUCGACAGCGAAGCUCACGCCAACUACAAGAACCAGGUGCUCUACUCCACGAUGCUGGUCUUCUUCAAGAGUGCGUUCCAGUACAUCAGCAGCAUACAGCCAUCUCUCUUCCAAGGUCCUAACGCCCCAAGCCAGGUUCCACUAGUUCUUCUGGAAGAUGUAGCCAAUGUGUAUGGUGAUGUAGAAAUUGAUCGCAGUAAACACAUACACAAGAAGAGGAAGCUAGCUGAGGGAAGAGAAAAAACCAUGCAGAGUUCAGAUGAUGAGGAAUGUUCAGCAAAAGGAAGAAAUCGGCACAUUGUUGUCAGUAAAGCUGAGCUCAGCAACUCCAUCGAAGUGCUGGAGAGCUUCAAACUGGCCAGGGAGAGCUGGGAGUUGCUCUAUUCCCUGGAGUUCCUUGACAAAGAAUUUACAAGAAUUUGUUUGGCUUGGAAGACGGACACAUGGCUGUGGCUAAGAAUCUUCCUCACAGAUAUGAUCAUCUACCAGGGUCAAUAUAAGAAGGCAAUAGCCAGUCUGCAUCACUUAGCAGCUCUCCAAGGAUCCCUUUCUCAGCCACAGAUCACAGGACAGGGGACGUUAGAACACCAGAGGGCGCUCAUCCAGCUGGCAACCUGUCACUUUGCACUGGGGGAGUAUAGAAUGACAUGUGAGAAGGUUCUGGACCUGAUGUGCUACAUGGUGCUACCCAUACAAGAUGGAGGGAAAUCUCAGGAAGAGCCCUCCAAAGUGAAGCCCAAGUUUAGAAAAGGUUUGGAUCUGAAGCUUCUGCCCUGUACCAGUAAGGCUAUUAUGCCGUACUGCCUGCACUUGAUGCUAGCAUGCUUUAAGCUGAGAGCUUUUACGGACAACAGAGAUGACAUGGCGCUGGGCCAUGUGAUUGUACUUCUCCAGCAGGAGUGGCCGCGGGGAGAGAGCCUUUUCCUGAAAGCCAUCAGUAAGAUUUGCCAGCAAGGAAAUUUCCAGUAUGAGAACUUCUUCAGCUAUGUUACAAACAUUGAUAUGCUGGAGGAAUUCGCUUAUUUAAGAACCCAGGAAGGAGGGAAGAUUCACCUGGAAUUACUCCCGAAUCAAGGAAUGCUGAUCAACCAUUGCAGACCUUUUGGGUGGUCCCUCCAGAGGAGUAGCAGAGAUGUUGGGAGCAGUGUACCUCUCCUCCCCUUGGGGUAAGGUUGUCAGACCGUCCUAGUUGUACCAUCUCGGAUGCGAGCAGGUACAGUACAACACGGCACCUGGUGCCAGGCCGGAAGGAGACAGAAGGUCUUCGCUUGUUCGCUAGAUAUGUUGUUCUGACGUGUGUUCAUUAGAGAACUGUUUCCAUGCUGAUAGCCGCAGAACCAUAGUUGCACUAGACUGGAUCAAAAUGGAAAAAAAUCUCUGGGCAUUACCGGCUAAUAUACUAAAUCUUCGUUACAGAAUUCUGCAAAACCAUGGCUCCCAGCCUUGUUUUCCCCCAAAAUCUCCAACACCCUUUCUUUAUCGAAAACAUUGCCAGCCCUUUUGAGUCCUCUUUGAAGGGCCUCUCAGUUUGGGGCUUCAGUCCUGCUAAGGUGGCUAGCCAGUGUCCCCAGGUGUGUUUCUGGGACCGGCGUGGGCAGGAGAAGAGUGAGUGAAGCAGGCUGGAUUUUGAGUCCUAUCUUCUCAGAUGUUACCCCUCCCCACUACCAUCUCGUCUCCAUCUUCCUCACUGAUGCCUUUAUACUCCAAAUCACAAGUGGGAAGAGCUCUGGGACCAGGAGCCAAGAUGCCUCUAGACUGGCACCAGCAGCGGGUGCGGUGGGGCCCUCAGCUUCUCCCAGUCCCCCUGAAGACACAGCACGGCCAGGGCCUUGUGGAGGUUCAAGUUUCUGUACAGUCUGCUUUCCAGUCUUGUGUAUCCUCUCCGGAGUGUUGUUUUUGCAGUGCAGGGUGAGCUGGUGUGGGUGUUUGAAUGCUGCUGUUUGCUGUUUUUUAAAGGCCUUCUAGCCCUCCCAUGGGGUUACUGCAGCAGGAAUUCUUACCUGUGCUUCAGCCCAGCAUACAGACUGCUGACAGGUACCAAGUGGAAAAACACCUGCUCAUAGUGUGCUGUUUGUCAACAUGCUUUCCCGCCCAUGGUUUUCAGCUCGUUGUCCCUCGGUGCUCUUUUUCAUGCUUUAUUUAUUUGUUUUUAAUUUGUUCUGCAUUCCUUGGCAAACCAUCUGGUUGUAAAUAUUGUAACAUUUUUAAUUUUUUUCCAUGAGUUGCCAGUGUGUUUGUGUUGAAUUUAAAAAUCAUUAUGGAUCUGGGGGGAAGAAACAAGUUUGCUAAAACUGAAUUAGACUAAGUGAAUAUUAGAGGAAGUGCUAAGCUGCGAUUCUUUUGGGAUAAAAUUCAGGGUUUGGGGUCACGAAUAUUUAAAUACGUUGACAUACAUGUACCACAAGUAAACUUUUAUUGUGGAUUUCCAUAUUAAUGAUCAGGACUUUUUUGCUCUAAACAGACAUUCACACAGCUUUCCCUGCCUUAAAGCAGGCUCCUUUGUUUCAGACCUUACCUUCUGAAUUGGCAAUAUUUAAUGAGCUAAAAUGAUGCCAUUUUAUUUAGCUAGAUUCUCCUGUUCUUAAACCACAAGAGCUAUCUACAGUCAUGUGCCACUUACACCAGGGACACACAUGUCAUGCACUGUGCUAUUGCAUGGACAUCAUAGUGUGCAUUUACUCAAACCUAUCUGCUACGUACCCAGGCUGUAGGGGACCAGUGCAGUCCAUCAUUGUGUGUGGAACAUGACUGUCAUUGACAUCAUCCAGACCUGCAUAGAGGAGACUCUGAUGCAUAUAUAAUUGAGUUGUGCAUCUGUGAAUGUACAGAAACAAUCCUCUGGCAAGCAGAGUAUAACAUUUAACUGUCUUUAGUAGUAUUAGGGGAGAAUUUGUCCUCUGAAAUAUGGCCUGCAGUUGCAUGUAACUUGUACUUGGUCCAGUCUUGGGUUGCAGCCCGGGAACCCAGAAUAGCAGUAUCUCAAGUCAACAUAAAGCAGUGUGCAUCUAUCUGUGCCCAGCAGCACCCAGCCCGUCAGCCUCACUGACACCUGACUGAAUUAACCAGCCAGACUUAAAGCGUCCACGUAGAGCUGUGUUUUCUCAGGUCCCUGCUGGCUUCCUACAGCCUUUUACAGUGGCUGUGGGCUGUUACACAGUGUUCUGUGUUCACUAGUCCAAAAGAAGAUGUCAUGUGACAUCUUUUACUACUGCACUGCAGUGUAGUGAUUCCUGAUCACUUUGUACAUAAUAAUGUGUGUUAGAAACAGAAGCAUUUAGGGUGAUAGCCACAGCCUCUGUUUUCUCACUACAUGAAAACCUUGGGACUUGCAGGAGAGUUAGGGGGUGGGGGUGGGGAACAGAGGUGGGUUUUGUUUGUCUAAAACUGUUACAUUACCAAACUAGCAGCCAAAAUUCCUCUGUUUGUGGUUGAGUCCACUGAGUUUCGCUGGACUUUUCUUUUCCUCUGUUCAUUUUGUUGUCCUCACUCUAUGGGGUUCUGUUUGUCCUUUCUGUCCUAACGCACGGCUCUUGGGGCCCAGUUAGACACCUCUUGGCUUUUGCUCCCACUAACCCACCCACAGACUAGCAAGCACCUCGACAACUCUACUCUUCUGUGACACAGUUCUGUGUCAGGGUCCCAGGUUCCCCUGCUUUUUCUACAGUAGUCUGGAUGGACACAGCACUCAUGGGUCUGCCCUGCCCUAGCUCCAUGGGGAUAGGCCUAACUCAGGACCCCAGCAGUUGUGUGGAAGCCUGAGCUUUUCUGGACCCAGGCCCUGCCAGAGAGCUCCUUCGUGGCUGGGACAUGCUGGGUCCCUCUUCCUACUGUUGCCUCUCUGUGGUCUGUGGCCUGGUCUCCAGCACGGUGAGGCUAGUCAGGAUGGAACCUAAAGCAACCCAGGGCACUGAAUUGUGUGAGCUUCAGGAGUUCAGAGGUGAAGCAGGUGACAUUUCACUGACCAUUGGCUGUGUAAAAUGACCCAGUCUAGGGCAGGAAAGAUAUCUGCGUAGUGUUGAGACCGAGAAGAAUGGACAGGAGUGGUUAUCUGGUUGCAGCUUUUCUUUUUAAAUGUGGUUUAAAUGUGUGACUACACUUAGCUGUGAGGCAGGUUGAUUCCUACCCAGGUAACAGUAGGCCUUGCUGCUGCUUCUAACCGUGGUCUCUCUCUGUUUCCCUGUCGCUGA